CCUGUGGGGAGUCUUGCCUUACAGAUCAAGCGCGGGGAAACAAUUCCGAGAACAACAAUUCUCGCGAGAGCAGCCGUAGUGGCGCGAAUAACCAAGGAGUUCCGGCAGGAAAUGCGCGUGGCUGUGUUGUCAACUUUUGGUGGGUUUCUAUUCGGACAACUUUUCUAACCUUGCGUCUGAGUCGCGUAACAUUUAAAACUUCACCGGAGUUUCAACGGGUCGGUUAGGCAUUUUGGGGCAUUUUGUCUCACUUCGUGAAAUAAAACUAUGUCGGACGCUUUGUCUGAUGACGGCAGCGACGUCCACCAAGAUGAUACUCAGGAGGAGGUCAUGACCCCGGCGGAGCUGAUAGGCAAACUGGAAGAAGCUUGGCUCAAUGAGAAGUUCUCACCGGAGCUCCUGGAGAACAAGUCGGAGGUGGUGGAGUGUGUGAUGGAGCAGCUGAGUCACAUGGAAGCAAACUUGCAGCGCGUGAAGAAAGGUGACAUGAAGGCCAGCGUCCACCGGAUGGAAAUAGACCGGAUUCGGUUCGUGCUCAGCAGCUAUCUGCGAGCUCGUCUGCAGAAGAUUGAAAAGUUUUUCCCGCAUGUCCUGGAGAGAGAGAAGUCCCGGGGGGAGGGAGACCCGUCCCUGCUCUCGCCGGAGGAGUUUGCUUUUGCCAAAGAGUACUAUGCCAACACAGAAACGUACCUGAAGGCCGUGGCACUGAAGCGCAUGCCCCCCAACCUGCAGAACGUGGAUAUGCUCAAAGCAGUCCCUGAGCCGUGCCUGGACUCCUUUGUGUUUCUUCGAGUGAAGGAGCGACAGGAAAACAUCAUGGUUGAGCCUGAGAGCGAUGACCAGAGAGAGUAUGUUGUGGAUCUCGAAGUGGGCUCCCAGCAUCUAAUGCGCUAUCGAACUAUAGCACCGCUUGUCUCCGAUGGAGCCGUGCAGUUGAUUUGAACGUUGAGGUCUGUCUGUUGGUCUGGACGUUUUGGGCUCCAGGAGCUCGCAGAAUGAGCAAUGGCCUAUUUCUGUGACAAAGCGGUAAUGAGAAACGUGCACACUAACCGGCAGAGAUUACAUCUGGAUUUGCACUAAUCAUUCUGACUGUUGUCAGGAUUAAGGACAAACUCGUGGGACACAAACGUGGACAAUUGUUGCACCAUAUCUUCAUGACAUGUAACUCUGAAAUAGACCCAAAUAUAAGGUUGAUUUGUGGGAGGGGCUUGGUGACAAAAGAACCCUGUGCACCAAAGCAGUGUUUUCUGUGCUGUGGUGUUUUAUCAUGUAGCAACUAUUGCCUGCAUUAUUGGUCUUUUUUCUCCUCUGCUGAUCAGUAACAACAUCCUCCUGAAGGUGAAAGGUCAGCAUUUAGGACAUCAGCCAAGAUGUGCUUGGUUUCCUUUAAUCAACACACUGAAAUGAAGAAGAAUCCCUGUCAUUAUAGAUCAUCUAAAUCCUGGUGGUGUUCUGAUAACCUCUGUACAUCUCUCCAAGUUCCUUUUAGUCCAUGUGUUUCUUUUAGCUUUACCCUAAAAGGAUGCAUGGAGCGUUGACUUCUCUGAGACGUAAUUGUUGUAAUAGCUUUGUUAUGUAAGGCGCUCAAUGGGAGCAAUCAGUGCUCAUUGUUUGCCCUCGCGCUAAUUGCCCAAUCUUUAGAAUUAAUAAGGGACUGAGGGAGAGCGAACAAAAUGAAACCACGUGUCAACAGACUUUCGUCUUUUGAACCGCACCCUUAGUCGAGCUAAUACGGAAGCCUCCAACCCAUUAAUGUUGGGCUAUUGACGAUAUUAUACUGGGCGGCUUGAUGAAGUAACCAAGGCGUUAGACACAUGACAUACAGACAAGCAUUUAGACUACUUCUGUUGUAUAACUAUUAUUCACAUGUUCUUUUAAUGUUUUUGAGAAAAAUAAACUUUUAAAUAAUUGGA